ACUUAGCUUUGCUUUCACAAACUCGCUGGAAACUUGCAUGAAAGGAUGCCUUUGCCUAUGCAGACAAAUGGAGAAAGUCCUGAUCAUGUCUCGAAGGAAGCUGAAAGAUUUGAAAGCUUUUAUCAGGGAAUUCUAGAUUUGCAAGAAGUGCUGGAGAGAGUUGAAAAUGUCACUCUACGGCGGCGUAUGAGAGAGAUCAUCAGCAGGGUUGAAGAUGACUUUGUUAAUUGCCCAGAGUUUACCAUACCAAGAAACAAUCCAUUGAAAGAGCUCCGACUGGGAAUAGCUGGAGGAUCACUAUCAGGGAAAUCAUCUUUGGUUCAUCGCUUUCUUGCUGGAUUUUGCCCUAGGGAUGAGGUUUUGUCAGGCAGACAUAAAAAGUGUAUUAAUGUAGAUGGACAAAAAUAUUUGCUAUUGGUGAGGGAUGAGACUGGCCCACCCGACGCUCAGUUUUCACGAUGGUUGGAUGCAGUAGUGCUCGUUUUCAGUUAUGCAGACGAACUCAGCUUCAACGUAAUAUCAAGCUAUUAUGCAAAAAUGAAAGCUUACAGAAACGGCAAUUUGCCUAUGAUUCUAGUUGGAAUCAAAGAUGAUACAUUCUCAGAGACGCAGAGUAUGAUAAACAAUGCCAGAAUUAGGAAGUUCAUCCUAGACCAUAACAACUGUCCAUUUUUUCUCGCGUCGUUGGAGACUGGGGAGAGUGUAAACGAUGUGUUUCAAACAGCCUCUGAGAUGAUUAUUCGUGCAAAGAGCAAUCCAAAUUUGCUGAGCACUGGUUACGAAUUGCAGUCCUCCCCGUCACCAUUCAAUCUAGGGGCGUCAUUUGAACAACUGGCAUCAGGCAAUUACGGAAGCUCUCUAUCCAUUGCAUCUCAAGGAUCAGUGAAAAAAGGAAAGAAAAAGGGUGUAUUUUCGAAACAAGAGAAAAAAGAGGAAAUUCCAGAUGAUUUCGGAAGUGGUCGAAUGAUACCAACUAAACAGGGCUAUUUACACAAACGGAGUCAUAACAGUUUGAAGGAAUGGAAAAAGAAAUACGUGACGAUCUGCGACAACAGUACUCUUGUUUAUUACCCAAAUAUGAAGGAUUACAUCGAAGAAAUAAACGGUAAAACUAUCAACUUAGCCCAUACAACAGUUAAAGUGCCUGGAAAAAGACCGCCAAAGUUAAGCUAUCAAGGCAACAGGCAGGCAACUAUUGAUGCAGCUAAUGGAGAAACACCCAAGAAAUCUCAGAUCGCAUCAAAACGUCAUUCAGUCCAAAAGGAGGCAAUGGAUGCAGUCGUAAUUUCAAAUUCUUUAGCCGCUGGUUCUCCGGAAAAGCAAGAAAACGACACGUCAGUCCAUUUAGAUAGUGCGAUUCUCAAAACAACAAAAGGAAUAAUUUCAACUGGAAUUCAUGGCACACCGAACAAUGCCCUCUCGCCAACCAAAAAGAAGAACCGUCGACAUGGCGGAAGGCAUGCAAAGUCGUGUGAGAUCGACUACGGCCAGAUAUGCAGCGACAUGGAAAACUCGCAGGGGACCCCUUUAAGCGCAAGGAAGAAAUUUUCCCAUAAAAGGAAUAAGAGUGGUGCUGGAAAAGAUCUCCAAUUUGACAAGGGUACAGACACAGAGGAAGAUGAUGUUGUUUUCACAAUAAUAUCUCUUGAUGGGAAAAGUUGGGAUUUUGAAUCAACAACUGCCGAUGAAAGAGAUCGUUGGGUUGAUGGAAUAGAAAAACAAAUACUGAAAGCUUUUCAAAAUGGUAUUACGUCACCCAAGGAAGAAAGGUGUGCAAGCGACAGCUCUGCCUACAGUUCUACAUCUGCGCAGUCUAAUCUUCGUACCAUUGCUGGCAAUGACCGCUGCGCGGAUUGCGGAGCACCAGAUCCGGAUUGGGCUUCAGUCAAUCUAGGAAUCCUGAUCUGCAUUGAAUGUUCCGGAGUCCAUCGGAAAUUAGGGACACAUUUAUCGCGGGUUCGAUCACUUGAUUUGGACGCAUGGCCGCCCGAGUACACAGCAAUUAUGUCAAAUAUUGGGAAUGAAUAUGCGAACAGUUUAUGGGAGCAUUCGCUGCACGGGAAGAAAAAACCACACCCUAAUUCGUCUCGCGAAGAGAGAGAAAACUGGAUACAGUCAAAAUACGAAGUGAAAGAGUUUCUUGACUCGCUGCCUAAAAGUCACAUGACAUUAGGACAGCAAAUUAUAGAUGCUGUGUCGAGAGACGAUCGACGGUCGUGUUACCCCCUCUUAAUACACAGUUCGGUCGAUGACGUAAACACGAGGACAGAUGAUUCGCAGCGUAUGACACCUCUGCACAUAAGUUGCAAAAUAGGGAAUUCAGUUUUAACACAGAUGCUGUUAUGGUAUUUUGGCGAUCCAAGAGCCGAAGAUGCAUCCAGACGAACUCCUAUGACGUAUGCACGCAAAUCUCAAAGUAGAGAGUGUGCAGAUCUAUUGUCACAGUUCGGGUGCCCUGAAGACACACCCUGCUAGCUGUGAGACAACGCUUUCCCUUGGCUACAAAAGUAAACGUCGCACUACAUCGACCAUACGGUUCACGUGACUGCUCGUGUUUAGCCACAGGAACAAAUCGUGGAGAUAUUUCAACUGGUUUGGGCAUCGCAAUCACGCCAUUUAUUCCAGUCUUCAAAAAUCAGGGUAUUCGCACAUUCUUAGAUUUUUUUCUUUGAUGCAGAUGCCCUAGACAUUUCAUCUUUAUAUUUGUGGCGUGCAAUAAGACAGAAAAAUCGAACAAAUUUCGCCAAGAAUGCAAGAUUGAAAUUGAAGAAUGACUUUGUGACAGGUUGAUUACAACCAUUCAAAAUAAUUGAGCUGAGAUAAUGCACUUCGAAUUUGUGGCCAUGAAAUGAUUCGUAACUGAAUUUGAUUUAUAACUGAACGGCCACACUAAUCUCUUUGUCAAAAGCAAUUGUUUUAGCCUGGGAAUUCUUAGAAAUAUUUUGCUCUCUUUGAAUGAUACUGCUUAGGAUAGUUCAGAUCAACCAAACUGUAUUUGGUUUAAACUAGAAAGUUCCUAUAGUGGUUUUUUGUUGUCCUUCGUGAGCACAACAAACGCAAAGCAUUUCGAGCUUUUGAGUUGUGCUUUGUUUUGAUUGUUUAAGCAAUCAUUGAUUAGGCCUAGACCUAGGCAAUGUUUUCAUGUAGCAUGCCAAUUUUAUUCUAAAGCAUUCUUUAUCCUCUUUGGCCUGUGCUAUUUUUUUCUCCGCCUUAGUCCUUUUCUUUGGUUUCGGUAAAUGUCUACCGCCUUUGAAUGCGCAACCUCACAACUUAAUUAACAUAUUUUCAGCUGAAACCAUGUCCUUUUAUGUCCGAACAUUUAAUUCCGACAAACUCGAAAAGGAAAAUAAAUUCAAAUUUAAUAUAAAAUAAGGCCAGUAUUUGUGUGAUGCAAGUUCCACUGAAAUUGACGGAAGCAGUUUCGAGACAGCACUGGUAUCUUUGCUUCUGAUGCAAGCAUUUGUAACCUUACUUGCACGAGUUAUUCCCAUGUUCAAAGAGUUGCCCAAAAUGUGUUCGUCUUUUCAGUACACCAUUAUAACUAAAGACAAAUCCCCUGCAUUUUCCAGUGGUAUGGUAGAUCUGAUUGAUAGAUCUGAAUGUUUAAGCAAGUUCCAUCAUUUCACGUAUUAAGUAUAUUCCAUCAUUUCAAAUGUAAAACAGUCAAUAUAUAAAAUGUAACAAAACAACACUUACUUAGCUAUAUGCAUGACAACAGUCAUAAUCGAAACAAUAUUUGUUAUUUAAUCAGUAGAGUAUAUUUUUAUCCUGUAUAAUGUGUUAAUAUUCCACAUCUAUAA